AGAAGAAAGGGAAAACCAUAAAGAAAUGUCGUGGUUAGCUAGAUCGAUUGCUAGCUCGCUCAAGCUUGACGAAGACGAAGAGGAUCAAACCAAUGCAGCCGCAAAUCCGAAUUCCGAAUCCGAUGCGAAUCCCAACCAAGCCUCAUCAGAUCCCAACACUCCACGUGGCGUCAAAGACGACCUCUCCGAGCUCACCAAAACCCUAACGCGUCAAUUCUGGGGCGUUGCUUCCUUCCUCGCUCCGACUCCUCCAGAGUCAACGGAACAAAAGCACGAGCUUCUGGUGGAGGAGGCAAAAUCUCUCGGGUCGCCAUCUGAUGAUCCGGAUGAGUUGUCCGAUGAGGAACUGAUAGCUGGAAUCCGUAAUGAUUUAUCGGAGAUCGGUGGAAAAUUCAAGAGUGGAAUCUCGCAUCUAUCUAGUAAUAUAAACGUCUCGGAGUUCACUAAGAUCGCUUCGAAUUUCCUUCAGUUUGGGUCCGAGGAAGAUGGUCCUGAAAAACACGCGAUUGGAUACGCUGUCGGUGUGACCGAAGAAGUGGUCGCAUUCGCCAGGGAUAUGGCGAUGCAUCCAGAAACUUGGCUCGAUUUCCCCAUUCCCGAUGAUGGUGAUUUUGAUGAUUUUGAUAUGUCUGAUGAGCAACAAGAACAUGCCUUAGCUGUUGAACGUCUUACCCCAAGUUUGGCUGCUCUUAGGAUUGAACUUUGCCCAGGAUAUAUGAGUGAAGGUUGCUUUUGGAAGAUCUAUUUUGUACUUCUGCUUCCUCGACUAAAUAAACAUGAUGCAGAACUACUCUCUACUCCCCAAAUAGUUGAAGCAAGAGCAGUGUUAAUGCAAGGGAUACAGCACCUAGCAAAGGCUAAGACUGCAGAAGAUCAUCCUGAAAGUGUCACUUCAAUUAUAGAGGCUGAUUUACGACAUGAAGAGUCUCUUUCUGUGCCUUAUUCAGCUCAAUCUAAGUCAGUGCCAUUCAAGGAAUCUGAAACUGAGGUUGCCACUACUUCUGUGGCUGUUGAAAUUCCAACAGAAAAGCACCCAGUUCUGAGUACUGAGGUGCAGGUCAUUGACAAGUCUGUCAUUGAGGAAGAGCCAAUAAAAGAAGCCAAACAUCAACAUUUGACAUCCGGGUCUUCUGUAGUUUCUAUUGAGAAAUACGAAGAUGAUGCUGAUGACUGGUUAAAAGAGGAAACUUCGGAGGCAGUUGGAACAAGUGCUACAACAGUCCCUCUUGAUAAUGAUGAAGAUGUUUCAUUCAGUGAUCUUGAGGAUGAUGAUGAUGUGCCAAUAAGUUACAAAAAAGUGACAUCUGGUUCUGAUUCUUCAAUGAAAGACUCAAGAGACUGGGUUCAGCUGGGCAGGAGCUCUACGGACUCGGUUAAAGAUGUUAACUGUGUUGGUAAUGAACAUUCUGGGUCUGAGCAGGUACGUAGUCAAAACCCCGAAACCAAGGAAUCAAAUGACUGGCUUGAUAUUGAAGAAAUCAUGUGAACCAAUAAGCUUUGCAAUAUCUGUAUUUCAGUUUCGUCUUCCUUGUAAUAAUGUUAAUUUAUUGUGUAUGGUUUUUUUCAAUUUGAGCUAAGGCUCUGGAAACUGUGUUUUGUACAAAAAACCUUGUCGAAAUUGGAUAAUAGCGUGUUAAUGCAA